UUUAACAGAUUUGUCUGAAAAUAAUCAAUAUUUGUGAAAAAUAAUUUUAAUUUAUAAAAUAAACUCUAUUUAUCAAAGAAACUAGUUUUUUAAAACUUUAGUAACUAUUUAUUUUUUAGACUUGAGUUAAAUUUUUUGAUAACUUUUAUUAAAUUUUAUUAUUUGAUUGCAUAUCACAAUCAACAGCACCGGUAUUGUCCGCAAUAUGGCUCAAGUGAUCAGUGGUAAAGAAGUGUCGGAACAGAUUCGCAACAAACUUCGCGAUGAAGUGCAGCGACUGUCUAUCGCACCCGUGUUGGCCAUCCUUCAGGUCGGCAAUAGAGAGGACUCCAAUGUCUAUAUUCGUAUGAAGAAAAACUACGCCCAAUCUGUUGGCGUUGAGGCCAAACACAUCCAACUGUCGAAGUCGACCACUGAAAAUGAGUUGAUCCAUAAGUUAGAAGAACUAAAUAAAGAUAAAUCAAUUCAUGGCAUUAUAGUUCAGUUGCCAUUUGAUUCGGAACACACCAUAAAUGCCGAUAAGAUAACCAAUUUAGUUGCGCCGCAUAAGGAUGUGGACGGUUUGUCGGACGAAAAUGCGGGUAAACUAUUGCACGGACAGGUAGAUGGACGCAACAGUUAUCCUCCCUGUACUCCAUACGGUUGUCUCGAACUAAUCAAGAGGGCUGGCGUACAAAUUGCUGGGGCUAAUGCGGUAGUGAUCGGUCGCAGUAAGAUUGUUGGGUCACCAAUGGCUCAGUUGCUUAUCUGGAAUAACGCGACGGUCACUAUCUGUCACUCAAAGACUAAGAACACUAAAGAAAUCGUUCAAAAGGCAGAUAUUCUUGUUGUUGCAAUUGGACAGCCAUUGAUGGUUAAAAAGGAUUGGAUUAAACCAGGCGCUGUUGUUAUUGAUUGUGGCAUUACAUCCAUUCCCGAUGCAACCAAAAAGUCUGGUUCACGACUUGUCGGUGAUGUCGACUAUGAUGAGUGCAAACAAGUUGCUGGCGCUAUAACUCCAGUUCCUGGAGGUGUCGGUCCGAUGACAGUAGCGAUGCUCAUAAGCAAUACGGUUGAUGCGGCAAAAGCUGCACUUUCAUCUCAAGAAACCUCUUCAUGGAAUAUUGAAUAUUUGAAAUUAAACAAACAAACACCUGUUCCCAGUGAUAUAGCCAUAGCUCGAUCUCAUCCCUGCAAACCUAUUACCCAAUUGGCCAAAGAAAUUGGUUUAUCUGAAUCUGAAUUCGAUUCUUAUGGUAAAUAUAAGGCAAAGAUUACAAAAUCUGUUCCCAAUUUUACCAAAGACUCGGUUCGUGGCAAAUAUAUUGUCGUUACCGGUAUAACACCCACACCAUUAGGAGAAGGAAAAAGUACAACUGUUUUAGGAUUAUCGCAAGCACUGGGAGCUAAUUUCAAUAGAAAUGCUAUUACUUGUAUUAGACAGCCCAGUCAGGGACCAACUUUCGGAAUUAAGGGAGGUGCUGCUGGAGGUGGAUAUUCACAGGUGAAUCCAAUGGACGAAUUUAACUUGCAUUUAACGGGUGAUAUCCACGCAAUAACUGCGGCCAAUAAUCUGGUGUCGGCCGCAAUCGAUGCCCGAAUAUUCCACGAAUCGACGCAAUCAGACAUCGGUCUGUUCUCGCGAAUUGUGCCGACAAGGCCGGGCAAAAAGCGGGUGUUUUCGCCGAUUCAAUUGAGACGACUCGAAAAAUUAGGAAUUUCCACCAAUUUGUCACCAAACGAGUUGACACCACAACAAAAGGGACAGUUUGCUCGGCUUAAUAUAGAUCCCGAUUCUAUCACUUGGAACAGAGUUUUGGAUGUCAACGAUAGAUAUUUGCGUAAAAUAACUGUCGGGGAGGCACCCACUGAAAAGGGAUUAUCCAGAAAAACUCAAUUUGAUAUAUCAGUUGCGAGUGAACUCAUGGCUAUUCUGGCCCUUUGCGAUAACUUAGCCGAUGCUCGGGAACGCAUCGGUAGGAUAGUUGUCGCCUUUUCUAAAGAUGAAAAACCUGUUCCCAUUACUUGUGAUGACUUAGGAGUUACCGGUGCUGUAGCGGUACUUCUUAAAGAUGCUUUGAAACCAACUCUAAUGCAAUCACUUGAAGGAACUCCUGUUUUAGUUCACUGCGGUCCAUUUGCUAACAUAGCUCACGGAAAUUCAUCGAUAAUAGCCGACAAAAUUGCAUUGAAUUUGGUUGGAAAAGAUGGAUUUGUUUUGACUGAAUGUGGUUUCGGUGCAGAUAUUGGUUUUGAAAAAUUUGUAAACAUUAAGUCUCGAACUUCAGGUUUAUUCCCUGAUUGUGCUGUACUCGUAGCCACAAUUAGAGCCCUUAAGAUGCACGGGGGCGGACCCAAUGUGACUCCCGGUGCCACACUUCCCAAAGAAUAUAUUGAAGAAAACUUAGAGCUUCUGGAUAAGGGUUUAUCCAAUUUAAAGGCACACAUCAAUGUAAUUACAAAGCAAUACGGCUUUCCUGUAGUUGUGGCCGUCAAUAAAUUUUCAACCGAUACGGACAAGGAGUUGGAACUCGUUAAAAAAGUGGCCAAAGAAAGUGGAGCUUUUGAUGCUAGUAUUGCUGAUCAUUGGGCUCAGGGAGGAGAUGGAGCUGUCAAUUUGGCUCAGGCUGUCAUCAAUGCAUGUCAACAAUCAAAUUCAGCAAAUGUCAAGUUUACAUAUGACUUGAAUGAUACAAUUCAAAAAAAGAUUGAAAGCAUAGCUCUGAAAAUAUAUGGCGCUAAAGAUGUCGAGUUCAGUCCAUUAGCCAAACAAAAGAUUGAUUUAUAUGAAUCGCUUGGUUACGGAAAACUACCCAUUUGUGUGGCCAAAACACACCUAUCCUUCAGUCACGAUCCCAAUCUAAAAGGAGUUCCCACUGACUUCACAUUCCCAGUCAAUGACAUCAGAGCUUCAAUUGGUGCCGGAUUUCUGUAUCCAUUGGCAGCUGAGAUCACAACAAUGCCGGGUUUGCCGACUAGACCUGCAUUUUAUGACAUUGAUAUCGAUCCCGAAACUGAAAUUAUUGAGGGAUUGUUUUAGACAACAAAUUAAUAAAAUGUAUUCAAAAUAGUAAAACAAUAAAUUGAAUUAAAA